GCCUGGUCAACGUCCGGGACCAGCAGGGGCCGGGCGACAGCCUGGAGGAAGAGGGGACCAAAGCACGCCUGAGAAUGCCGGCACCGGCCCUGCCCCGGCGCUUCUGCGCAACCCGGCGGAGCGGGACGGAGGCAGCCUGCCCCUCAGCAUGACCGCCGGUGCAGAAGCCAGUGAGCCCCCCAGCCACGACAGCUCUGGGGGAGCGGAAGCCAGUGGCAGGGCAGGCGAAGCCCCCCCGGGCAGGGGAGGCCCGGGCUGCGCAGACGGGUGGCCGCCGGCUGAUGCCAUCCCACGGCUCAGCCCCCCUCCCGCGACGGCCAGGAAGCGCACCCCCAGGGCGCUGAAGACCCCACGGGACAUGCUGAUCGCCUCCCAGCCCUCAGUGGGGGGCACGGACACCUCCGGCCCCAAGGAGAGCCAGGGCGACGUGUGGCAGCCCGCUGGAACAGAGGCGGCGUGGCAGGAAGCUGGCGUGUUGGCGCGGGAGGCGGCUGGAAUCGGCUCCGGUGGGGCCGUCAGCGUGCCAGGUGUCGCUCGUGGGGGGAGCGGAGAGCCCUGGCCGAGCACGGCUGCCCGGCUGGCCUUUCCACCUUGCCUGGACAUUGUGACUCUGACGCAGGUGCCGAGCGCCGCCGGGGGCCUUCCCCAGUGCCCAUUCCAGAGCAGCUCAGAGCCCUCCCAGGCAAAGGUGCCCCCCCCAGAGAGUGAUGGCAACAGCCCCGACUUGCUGUCCUUUGAGUAGGAUCGUCUCCUUCCACCCGCCGUCAGUCCUUCCUCUGCUGCAAAGCCAGGACAGUGGCCGUGGCAGCCCCUUUCUAGGGACCAUCGCAGAGGUGGGCAGAGACUCCGUUCCCCAAGGGCCACUUCCUUGCCAGGAGCCUUCUGGCAUAGACGUGGGCCCCUCCUCCAGCGCGAGCAUUCCUGCCGGUGCUGCCCGCCGGAAGCCAGCUGCCAGGAUGCGCACACCGCUGCGGGUGGCCUGGCUGGGCCACGAUAGCGGGCCCAACCUGAACGCAGGGCUCCAAAAGCGCUGCCCUUCUGGUGCAUGCUCACAAUCUGUUCCUGGGCUGGCAGGGACGCCCCCCCCCCCGCCCCGCAUCUCGCCUGAGCUGCUCUGCCCAGUCGGGGCGGGGAGAUCGCACCGGCCCUCCCGCCGCCUCAGUGUCUGCAGGUGUCUGAGCCCGUGCGCCCAGGGACGUUCCCGCCUCUCCCAGGAAGCGCGCACACGACGGCAUUGCAGGCCAAGCCCUGCAUCUCCGCAAGGCCGGGUGCCUUCCCGUGGGGGCCUCGGGGGGCCUCUGGCCACAGAACCUCCACUUGGGGCAAUUUCGCCCUCUCGGAGCGUUUUUACCUCCAAAUGUAGUCGCGUUAUUCCCGUGCCACAUUUUUUCUGCAGGGGUUUGUGUACUGAAACAGACAGGCACAACUGUGAAUGUUCUUCUUUCUUCCAAAUGUUGAAAUGCCUGAAUGUUCUAGAUUGAUUUGGCACGUCUCACUUUUAGCAGGCUUCAGGUGUGAAAUCUAGGCAGUCAAGGGCAAGCACAGUCCAGUUCCACGUUAUCUGCUAAAUGCUAUGCGAGACCAAGAGAAUUAAAAGAUCAAACCGUA